UACAAUCCCUGUUAGUGGAUGCAUGCGUGUGCGUGUGUGUGUGCGUGUGUGGACUCAGACAUCGACUGUGUUUAAUAGUAAUUCACAGAAAUGUGAAAUGUACCGAGCGUACCGCGGUACGUGACUACUGUAUACAGUAAAAUGAUCAUUUUCAGCGAACUGACUCUGGACUGACUCUUAAGUUUGAUUAAGUUUCAGUUUUCGUAAUAUCAUAUUAGUCUGAUAUUGAAUGAUACUAGAAACAAACAGUCAGUAUUUGUAGAAAACAUCUAAAACAUCCAAAAAAGAAAAGGAAGGAAGACACGGAUGUAUUAAACAUUAAGGAACGAGUGCUUGGAAUUUUAGGCACUUGGUUGCUUCAACGACUUCGACCUUGAAGGAAUUGAUGAGCCUGUUUGUGAAUUCAUUUAGUUUAAUGAUAUGCUCGCUCACGCUGCUUUUCUGUACAUGCAUUAGGAUCAGCUUUCAUCAGAUUACACAGCAAAAAAAAGUUUCACAACAAUCUUAUCAAAUGAUAGUUCACCCAAAAUUCAUCUUUUCUCACCUUCAUGUCAUUCCAAAGCUCUGAAAGACUUUCUUGCUUCUGCAGAAUGCAAAAGAUUUUGAAGAAUGUUAGUAACCUAACAACACUGAACUGCCAUUGCAUGGACAUUUCUCAAAUGAUCUUCUUUUUUGUUCCACAGCAGAUAGAAAGUCGGGGUGAAUCAACCACAACAGAUUUUUUAGUUUUGGGAAACGCUUUUUAUCACCAAGAUCUCUGCACGUUUCUUUUAGCUAUCCUUACGUAACAUUGGAUGUAUUUUAUGUCCAUGCACGAAGAUGAGUUUCAUAUCUCAUAUAUAUCACCUGCCUCUCUGCUUGUGUGCACAAUGGCACAGGUUUCUUUGGGAGAACGCAUGAGUUGGCACAGUACAGCCCUGGCAGCAGAUGGAGUGUGAAGGUCAUGUGUAAAUGGAGGGCAGAUGCAGUGCACGUGUUGGCACACACAUAAAUAUGUGCGUACGUUUAAGAGUGAACACGUCAGCUGCUUCGACCAAUGGACGGCUUUGUUUUUAAUGAACUUCAGUUCAUUAAGCCAAAUUAGACUGCCAUUGUGUGCCCUCAAUCUCUCUUACCAGUUGGAUACAGAUUACUUUGUCUGCAUGUGGUCAGACAGGAUAGUAUGAACGGAAGAGGAGAUCUAAUGCUUUGGUAAUAGGAGACCAGUUUUAAAACCGGCAUGAAAGCUUCAGCACGUUUGUAAUCCAUUUUGCUUCCGUAAUCUCAUGUAUUACAGGGAGAAAUAUGAAACGCAACGAAAAAAAUGACGAGUGGGUCUUUGUCCAUUAGGAAUUCGAUGGAUCAUGAAAAGCGGGGUAACGGGAUGAAGUCAGGUGGACGGGAUGCGAUGUCAGCCAACAUGAAAACAUUUGUAAAUGCAGAGUUAUUCGAUUUUGCGUAGUACAUUUUUCCUUAGAAUAUGCAGCGUUAAAUUUGGCACUAUAGGAUACGAAGGACACGCAUUAGGACAGUCCGUUAUGGCCCCUAAAUAAUGUGUGGGCAAGAUUUACUAAACAUUCUUUCACAAAAUGAACGUCAUUUCUUAUCUUAAAAACCAAAAGUAAACAACUUUUACGUUUACAUUUUACAUUCAGUCAUUUAGCCGACGCUUUUAUCCAAAGCGGCUUACAGAUCAGGUUAACAUCGGAAGCAAUUGGAACAACAUAUGGACAACAAAAAGCAUAAGUGCAAAAUAAAAAACUGGUCUCAUAUAGCCCAACACAGUAUACAGAGAUAAGUGGAAAAGCCUUUUUGGAAAAUGAGUAGAAUAUACAGUAGAUAUAAGUCAGGCUUUUCCUCACGGAAGGUCUGCAUUGGAUCAACCCAAUCAUUGGGUUGUAAAUUAACCAAUGCUGGGUUGUUUUAAAGCAUUGUUGGGUCUAAACAUUUUUAGGGUAACCUCAACCGUUGGGUUAAUCCCUUUUUGACCCAACACUGGGUAAAAAAUAACCCAGCAAUUUAUAGAAUGAACAUUCAAAAAGCAUUGAUGAAAUUAAACUGAUCAUGAAGAUGUGAAAAGAUGUCACUGGAACUGGAUUUUUAAUGACACUAAAGGUGAUAACUAUAAAUAAAUACAAACAUUUAAUGCUGAUUUUUAUAACACAAGCGUCCUAUUAAACAAGUGUCAAGGGAUUUUUCUUUUUUUAGACUCAUUAGAUGACGUUGUUCCUCUCUUCAAUUAACCCGUAGGUCUGUCUUUAAUUAUGAAGUAACACACUGUGUGUGUGUGCGUGUGUGUGUGUGUGUGUGUGUGUGUGUGUGUGUAUGUGUGUGUGUGUGUGUGUGUGUAUAUAUGCUCAUCACCUCUGUCGGCUAAUUGGUCAUUAUAUUGUGCUGGCUGACUGGUUUUGUUCUCGUCCUCAUAAGGUCUCUCUGACACGAGCGCUUUUACAUUCGGUAAAACACACACUUCCCUUCUGGGUUACUUGAGGACCCGUGUAGUUUCUCAUAUCUUCCCCGUCAUCUUCAUGAUCGAUGCUCGUGAUCAACAAGUCGUUUGUAAAAAUACGACAAGGACAAAGCUGGAGGCCUGGAUUUGCUUCCUAACCGUUUUAAGCUCUGUGUUCUUUUACGGCGGCAAUCAAAUCGCGAUGACACUGCGGCAGCACGCCGCAAGUAUAAAAGUAGAUGAAUUAUUCAGUUUGAAUGAUAUCUGAUCUAAAAGGUUCUGUCAGUUGCUCAGAGGGAAGAGAGAAUAGAAGGCAAAAUCUGGCUCGUCGAGAUUGCCGAAGUAGGACAUGGAGCACUGCCUCGAUAUCCUCUGUUUGUACAGAAACAAAUCUUUGUUUAAUAAUGCAAUUGUGCCUCGUGGACUAUAGCAUUUUUCUGUAAAAUAUCUCUAAAUUAACAGGAAACGAUUGAUAAUGGUCAUGAAAUUAUGAAAGAGAACAAUUUGCAAUAAGGUUUUGUGACUAAGCGUUGGUCAAAACAGGAGCCUUAUAUAUUUUCAUCAAUAAAUAUAGUAUAAACUAACAUCUUGAACAUAAACUAACACUGACUGAAGUGUGAAGUAUAUUUACAAUGAUUUUUCGUUAUAUCAUUAAUGCUUAAACAUGACUAAGUGCAUUAACUAAAGUCAAUAGAACCUAGUUGUAAAAUGUUACUUAAAUGGACAGUUCACACAAAAAUGAAAAUGUAUUGCUCCCUCUCUUGUUUAUUUGAACCUGUGUGACCUUCUUUCUUUCACAGAACACAAAAAAAGAUAUUUGGAAGAAAGUUGGUGACUGAGCAGUGAUGACACCCAUUUUCUUGUAAUGUAUGAACACAAUACCAAUGCAAGUCUAUGGGCGCCGGUUGACAACAUUCUUCAAAAUAUCUUCUUUUGCAGAAGAAUGUCAUACAGGUUUGAAAUGACAGGAGGGUGUGAGUAAAUGAUGACAGAAUUGUCAUUUUCUUGGGGUGAACUAUCACUUUAAAACUGUCCAAAGCUGUAAAAUCUGGUUGAUAAUAAUGUUGAUUCAGUAACAAAAACACAUUUAGAAAGUUUUACAAAGCUUGACACAUCCUGCUGCGCUAAGCGUUGUUUCUCACCGUCUCUCUGUUUUGGAUUUCGAAGAGCCUUGAACUGACCAUUUGACCAGACUGCUGACUUCUAACUUGUGAAGUGAUUGACUGACACGUGUCUCACCCAUCCUUCACGUCCCAUCAGUGUGCUUGACGUCCGUACCAUUUCUAACUGUGUCUUUACCCCACGCUCCCUCUCCAACCGUGACCGCUCGGGUGGCCGUGCUCAGGACCGCAAGCGCAGCUACAAAGCAGUACGGUCAUGUGACGAGGGGGUCACAUCUGGAGAGACUCUGGCGGCUUUGGCUCAGAACGCCACUUACAUGCACAAUGUUCUCGGGCCUGCGUGCAUCUUUCUCCGCAAGGGCUUCGCUGAGAGCCGUCAGGCUAACAGAGAGCUGAGGCCAGAGGAAAUGGAUGAAUUACGAGAAGCAUUCAAAGAGUUUGAUAAAGACAAAGAUGGCUUUAUUGGAUGCAAGGACCUGGGGAACUGCAUGAGAACGAUGGGUUACAUGCCAACCGAGAUGGAACUCAUUGAACUGAGUCAACAGAUAAACAUGAACUUGGGGGGACAUGUGGACUUUGAAGACUUUGUGGAGUUGAUGGGUCCCAAACUUCUAGCUGAGACGGCAGAUAUGAUCGGAGUAAAAGAGUUGAGAGACGCCUUUAAGGAGUUUGACACCAAUGGAGACGGUCAGAUCAGCACAGCAGAGCUAAGAGAGGCCAUGAAGAAACUGCUCGGGCAGCAGGUGGGCCACAGGGAUUUAGAGGACAUUCUACGAGACAUUGAUUUGAAUGGAGACGGACAUGUUGACUUUGAAGAAUUUGUGCGAAUGAUGUCUCGCUAGACAAAAGGUGGAUGGAACAUAUCAAAAACGUGACUUCCUACAUUGUGAACAAAAGAGGAUGGAGGAGAUCAAAAGUUGAGGAAUUAUGAAGAGGAAACUAGAGCACCUUCAAGAGAGGAACUUCUGGAACAUGAACUUUGACCUCGAAGCACAAACUAAAGGUUUUCAAAUGGGAAAAAUAGGAAUGACAACUCGCUGAUGCUGUGAUCUUUAAAAUAUAUCUGAGUAACAGUUUUCAGAAUACAUGCAAUGGUUCUGGUGUGAGCAACAUUUGACUUGCAAUUAAAUCAACUCUGAUUGAUCGGUCAAGAAAUAUCAAUUCAUCCAGUUUCUGUAUUUCAGUACUCCCUUAGUCACAUCUACUUUAUGACAGUAGAGUGUCACAGAUAUAUUGCAAUAACAUUGCUCCUACAUAUUGCUGUUUAUUAAUAUUUGUAAAGUUUGCAGAGAUUAGUGUGAGAGUGUAAAGUUUCCCUUUAAGAGACUCUGGCCGUUUUGUAGUAGCCUAUGGAAUCUAUUAUUACUCACAAAGACUUUAUUUUAUAUAUCAAUGCAAAAUGUAAGUUAUAACUGGGAAAUGCUGGAAAAACUUUGCUAUCCAUCAUUUGCUAUUUAUUGUACUAUACAUCAGACCUAUGCACUACAGUAUGUGUGGACAUAUUUUUUAAAAGAAAUUUGCCAUAAAAAUGAAGAAUAUUUAUUGUUUGCACAAUGUUCUGCAUGAAGUGCUGAUGCAAAUACAAGUUGACUCAGACAAGUAGCUUACUGUUGUAAACACACUUUUACGUUUUGUGGUGUUUGUCCUGUAUUGUGAGUUCAGUUAACAGUCAAACAUGCAUAUUUUAUUGCAUUCCUGUAUUUGUGUGCGUGUGUGUGAAGGAGAGAGAGAGAGAAAGAGAGAGAGAGCGA